ACACAGUCUGUGUUUGUGGGAAGGUUUGCCAGAGAGGAAUGCUGGGAGGCAGACGGUGGCUCAUCAAACGAGGGCCAGAGGUUGCUCAGCUCUGGGGAACAGCGAGAACACUGGCACUGGCCAGCAGCAGCUCAGGACCGAAGGAAGCUGCAGCAAAGGAGCAGAGACGCUGCUGGGCCCCAUGGCUGAGGAGGCCCCAGCGGAGAGGGGGCUGAGGGUUAGGGCUGCUACCCAGGAUGCCUCGGGCCUCCAGGACAGCUUGUUCUCCUCUGAAAGUGACAACAGCCUGUACUUCACCUACAGUGGCCAGUCCAACACCUUGGAGGUUCGAGACCUCAGCUACCAGGUGGACAUGGCCUCCCAGGUGCCUUGGUUUGAGCAGCUGGCUCAGUUCAAGAUGCCUUGGACAACUCACAAGGACUCUUGCGAGCUGGGCAUCCAGAACCUGAGCUUCAAAGUGAGGAGUGGGCAGAUGCUGGCCAUCAUAGGGAGCUCAGGUUGUGGCAGAUCCUCUUUGCUGGAUGUAAUCACCGGGCGAGGCCAUGGCAAGAUGAAGUCAGGCCAAAUCUGGAUCAACGGGCAGCCCAGCACACCUCAGCUGGUGAGGAAGUCUGUAGCCCACGUGCGCCAGCACGACCAGCUGCUCCCCAACCUGACCGUCCGGGAGACCUUGGCUUUCGUUGCCCAGCUGCGCCUGCCCAGAACCUUCUCCCAGGCCCAGCGUGACAAAAGGGUGGACGACGUGAUCGCGGAGCUGCGGCUACGGCAGUGUGCCGACACCUGCGUGGGCAACACCUACGUGCGGGGCGUAUCGGGGGGCGAGCGGCGGAGAGUCAGCAUUGGGGUGCAGCUUCUGUGGAACCCAGGAAUCCUCAUUCUGGAUGAGCCCACCUCUGGGCUCGACAGCUUCACAGCCCACAACCUGGUGAAAACCUUGUCCAGGCUAGCCAAAGGCAACAGGCUGGUGCUCAUCUCCCUCCACCAGCCUCGGUCGGACAUCUUCAGGCUGUUUGACUUGGUCCUCCUGAUGACGUCUGGCACCACCAUCUACUUGGGGGCAGCCAAGCACAUGGUCCAGUAUUUCACGGCAGUCGGCUAUCCCUGUCCUCGCUUCAGCAACCCUGCCGACUUCUACGUGGACCUGACCAGCAUCGACCGGAGGAGCAUAGAACGGGAAGCGGCUGCCAGGGAGAGGGCGCAGGCACUUGCAGCCUUGUUUCGAGAGAAAGUGUGUGGCUUCGAUGACUGUCUGUGGAGAGCUGAGGCCCAGGAGCUGGGCGUAGGCGCUGGUGCAGAGAGACUGGCACUUCCGGUCCCCCAGAGCAACGCUGACCACCUCUCGACUCCCACCAAGCUGCCCGGUCCAGUGCAGCAGUUCACCACGCUGAUCCGUCGUCAGAUUUCCAACGACUUCCGAGACCUGCCAACCCUCCUUAUCCACGGGGCGGAGGCCUGUCUAAUGUCCCUGGUCAUCGGCUUCCUCUAUUACGGCCAUGGGGCCAUCAAGCUCUCCUUCAUGGACACAGCAGCCCUCUUGUUCAUGAUCGGAGCUCUCAUCCCUUUCAACGUGAUCCUGGAUGUCAUUGCCAAAUGUCACUCGGAGAGGGCAAUGCUUUACUAUGAACUGGAAGACGGGCUAUACACUGCUGGUCCAUAUUUCUUUGCCAAGAUCCUAGGGGAGCUUCCGGAGCACUGCGCCUACAUCAUCAUCUACGGGAUGCCCACCUACUGGCUGGCCAACCUGCGCCCGGGCCCGGAGCCCUUCCUGCUACACUUCCUGCUGGUGUGGCUGGUGGUCUUCUGCUGCAGGAUCAUGGCCCUGUGUGCUGCCGCCCUGCUCCCCACCUUCCACAUGUCUUCCUUCUUUGGCAACGCUCUCUACAACUCCUUCUACCUGACCGGGGGCUUCAUGAUAAGCUUGGACAACCUGUGGACAGUGCCUGCGUGGAUUUCCAAAGUAUCCUUCCUCCGAUGGUGCUUCGAAGGGCUGAUGCAGAUUCAGUUUAAAGGACAAACUUUCGACUUGGCGGUCGGCAACCUCACCAUACCUGUCCGGGGAGACAUAAUCCUCAGCACCAUGCACCUGGACUCGUACCCACUCUACGCCAUCUACUUCAUCGUCAUCAGCAUCAGUGUUGGCUUCGUCGCCCUGUAUUACGUGUCCUUAAAGUUCAUCAAACAGAAAUCAAGUCAAGACUGGUGAUUCAUGCCCAGACGCCUGCCUGGCUGCUGGUGGGGAGACUCAAGCAGACCGGUCCACUGCACUUCUUUGAUCCCAAGGAGCUGCUUCCUGGGCCCGAGGAACACGGUGUGAACACAGACACUCAGCUACAUCCGGCCCGCAGUGCUGCAGUGGCACCGGCUGGCCACUGGAUGGCAGUAGAAUAAAGACAGUCGAAAGGGAUUUCUGCUCACUGGCCAGAACUUGCGAUUACUGGGCCUGUGAAAACCAUACUGGGGACACCUAUCAUGUUGCUAAUUUAUUUCCUUUUGAUAUGUAUGUAUAUAGGCAACUCCAUAUAUGAUGGGAACAAGUUAGGUAGGAAUUGAGUAGGUAGGCUAUGCAAGAAUUGACAGGGCCCAGAGGGUGCAAUAACAUAAUAGCGAGUAGAAUAUUUGUCGUCUUUCCGAGUCCCUAAGCUCUAUGUUAAGCCACUCUCAAUACAGAAAAUGACCUAAAACCUGCCAGUGAGAUGCUAGCCCAACUUUUUGUGUGGGGUCAUGGGCUCCAAAAGCCAAACUGAACAAUUAAAAAUGUAUUGCACAUCUACUUUGAGCCAGGUACAGCGCAAGACACUUUGUGUGGAUGCUAUUCACUUCUCAGAACAACCCUUUGAGGUGGGGUGGGCAGUAUUCCAUUUUAUAGAUGGGGAAACUGAGGCACAAAUUCAGUAUAUUAAGGUCACACAGCUACUAUGUGGUGGUCACAUGGGGGGCAGAAAGGCCUUUGAGGCCUUCAGGACUCAGAGGGCAGGAGGCAAGGCCCGAGCCUCUGCCAGGCUUGGAAUCCCAGGAGGCUCCAGAAGGUAAGAGCUUUAUAGAGGAUGUGUCAGCUCAACCGGGUCUCUCACAGUUGCAUCUCACCGGCCCUGGCUGGUCAGGACCAGCCUUGAUCCUUUCACAGUUGCCAGGGUAUGGGAUGGAACUGGGUCGGGUCACAUGCCUCAUGUUUGAGCAUUAAGGACCAUUUUACCCAAAACAGGUGCACAGAGAACAGGGAGGGGAUCCUUCCCAAAGGAAAACCAGAGUCUGGAACCAAAAGAAGGGGGAAGGUGGGUGUUUAGGAGGCACACAGUUAAGUGUUUACCACAGGUUCCCCAGGCCCUUGCGACUUCGCGUUUGGUCUCCUGGCCAGCAGCCUGGGCCUUGUCGGGGAGCUGGAUGGACAGGCAGAACCUGAGUCCCCACCCAGACCCACUGAAUCAGAAUCUGCGUUUUAAGAAGAGCCCCAGGUGAUUUGUAUGCACAUUCGAGUUUGAGGAGCAGUGUUCUAGCACAUUCCCCUUAUGUAACACAACCAUCACACUCAGUAUAUUCACAGGGUAACACUGUUACAUUGCCACCAUCCCAUGGUCAGACCCCAUUCAAGAUUCACUAACUGCUCUGACAAUGUCCUUCGUAGCGAAAGGAUGUGGAUCAGGAUCAAGUGUUGGAUCUAGUUGGCAGUUCUCUUUGGUCUCCUUCAGUUUAGAACAAUCCUCAACUGUCAUUGACUUUCAUGACCUUGACACCUGAAGAUUUUGUAGCAUAGCUCUCCAUUUGGACUUGUCUGGUGUAUUUUCAUGAUUAAAUCGAGGUCAUGCACCUUUGGCAGGAAUAUCACAGAAUGAUGUGUUCGUCUCAUUGCAUCCUAUCAGGUGAUUUCAAUGUGUCCCAUAAUGACGAUGUUCACUUUGGUCACUUGAUCCAAAGGAGUGUCUGCCAGGUUUCUCCACAGUCGUCACUAUUUCCCCUUCUUUUCUAAUUAAUACGCAUUUUAUAGGUAGGCACUUGGAAACUCUGUAAAUUGCCUGUUUCUCAUUAA